ACGCUACGAUUUGCAGAUAUUAUUGUGUGCCCAGCUACGACCCAGCGGCAGAAGAUGAAGCAGCCUGUCACCAUGCGUCGGGCAAAGUUCCACACAGCGUAUGAGUUCGGCUGGGAGAGAGGCAGAUACACUAACAAGUCGGCGGGGUGCACCGUCCUGCUCCGUUCACGAGUCUUCAGACGGUGCCAUGUGGUCGACGUCCGACACCCACCUGGAGAGCUGGCUGGCCGUGGCGGAUUGGUGAGAGUACGGUCUGGAGUCUUUGACAUCACCAUCAUUGCUGCAUAUUUCCCGCCACAGAGCAACAUGACGGCCGACCAUUGGCGACAAUGCUGCCGCAAGCUAGCUGGAUGGUUGCACAAGUCGGUGCAGGAGGCCAAACAACGGUCGCUCGUCAUUGUCGGCACGGACUGCAACUGCGGGUUCGGCCUCAGACGCACUGGUCACGGCAUAGCGACGACGACGGUGGACCAUCAGCACAUCGGCCAAUACGGCAACCACUUCGAGAAUGAGGUCUCCCUGGAGCUGUGGAGGCUCCUGGAGAUGGAGAACAUGGCCGCGGUGGACACGUUCUACCCAGUCGGCCCCUCGUACUUCGGCACUGAGUCGCAGAGCUCGCCUGAUCACAUCUUUGUCCCGUCCGAGGCGGUCUCGUCUACUGUACGGUGCUGCACGUUGCGUAAUGCCAUGCGGGACCUCCAGGCGAUACCAGACUGUCGUCCGAGAGAUCAUGCACCUAUACUGUGGCAAGUACGGUACACCUUGCAGGCGCCACCCCCACCCAAGGGUGGACCAGUGUGGGACAAGGACCUAGUCGUUCGCCUCCUCAGACACGAUGGCUUUGGUGCUGAGAUCCUGGGGGAGCUCGAACGUCGGUCGGCUUCGAACUUGAGGGAGUGGGAGCGCGACACGACUCGCGCUGAUCCCAGUCAAUCGUGGGAGAAGCUGGUGGAAGACGUGCGGGCUGCUGCACUUCCCGAGCUGAUGAGGACGGCGAAGCAAGGCCCGCUGGCACCACACCUCGCCGCGCGGACCGAGGCCCUCCAGCGGCGCAGGCUGGCCAGAAGGGGCUGCUUCACAGAAGAGCAGCGUCUACAGCUUCGGACCAUCGAGAAGGACAUCAGGCUGCUCAAGAAGCGGCUAGACCUCGAGCACGUGGAGGAGCUGCUGACGGAGGCCGAGACCCACAGGUGCGCGGCCGACUACCACGGAGUAUGGAAGCUCAUCUAUGCGAUUGGGGCUCGCUGCCGUGGACCCCGACAGAGGUCUUUCAACGUUCCUGACCAGUACCGACCUUCACUGGAUGAGUGGACGACCACAAUGUGCUCGAACGCUCGGGAGGGCGGCUUCAGCGCAACAGUGAUAGAGGACCCGAUGCAGCCCACUCGGGAGGCCAUGGAGGAGUUAGAGGAGGAGGGAUUGGACUAUUUCCCUGGGGCUGCACCGGCGUCGCUCGCGUACGAUGACUGGUUUCGCACUCUGAGGCAACUUCGGAGUGCUGCUCGCAGGCGCUUUCCUCCUGCGCACUCGGCUCCCGCUGAGCUCUGGCGCUGGCUCAUGGAGCACGCCACGAGAGAGAUGACGGGAUCCUGGCCAGGCUCAGAGCUGCUUUCAGAGCGUCAGUUGCAACGACUUGAGCAGCGGCUGCACGUGCCGUGCCCGCACUUCCUAGACAGACUUAGGCAUGAGGAGGCGGUGAUGGAGAUCAGGGCGGGGGAGCAGGUCGGGUACUUCCAACCGAAGCACGGGACAGGGAUGGGGGACGGCAAUGCCUGCGAGCUCUUUGUGCGCAGUUUCUUGAGGCCUGUCGAAGCCUGGCGAGAUGAGCUGGGCGCCGACAAGGCCACAGUCUUCUGCAGCAAGUUGAACGCCCAGGUUCCGCUCCACAGAGCUUCGUGUGUCAUGACGUGCAGUCUGACUAAUGAGAUGCAUGACGUGUCGGUUCGAGACUACGCCGACGACAUUCACCAAACGAUCCCGCUCGCCACCUCGAAUCCUCUUGAGGCCAGGUCCAGGGUCCUGAAGUCCAACGCCAUUCUCGAUCGGGAGUUGUCCAUCGGAGGAGGGUUCGCCCAGAACCCUGAUAAGGAGAACCGCAUGCCCGUCAUGGUGGGCCCUGGUGCCCACACUGCGUCCCGUGCCCUCCUGUCCCAGACGGUUCCGCUUCCUGGGGUCACGUCGUCGGAGGGCCUGUACUUGGGAGGGAUGGAACAGCUGACGGCGGGGUGUGGAGCUGAGAUAAAGAGGAGGGUGGAGGCUACGAGGGCGGCGUGGAGGAGGCUCGGCAGGUUCUGGGACAUCACUUGCUCGAUUCGCCUCAAACGUCUGGCCUUCAAGGGAACGAUCCUGGCGGCGGCCUACUCGGGCCUCGAAUCGUACCUCCCCUCCAAGCUCGACCUCAGGAAACUCGAUUCCGUCGUGCAGGGCCUCGCUCGGGUUGUGCUCCGUGAUCGUCGUCCUAAAUUUGAGCAAGGCGCCCCUCCUGGUACCUGCCCGAAAUAUAGAUCUCUCUCGGAGGCCCAGGUGUUGAGGCAACUCAGGAUCACAGACUCAAGAGCGGAGCUUCUUGUGCGUCGCCUCAGACAGUGGCAACGCUACGCUCGUUAUCCCGAAGACAGUGCGCAGCCGCUCACCGUGCUUUUUGGCAGCCUCGACGGCCUCGGAGAAGAGCCGACCUUCAGAGAGGACGGCCGAGUUGCUAGCACCGCCAACCCGUGGGCCCUCCAAUUGGAGCGAGAUGUACAGGCGCUACGGUACCUUCGCGGAGGUAAGGAGUUCGUGGAAAACUAUUCUGUUCGUGAUAUAUUUACGAGGUCGAUCGUCGCUAAUAGUUCCUCAGCUUUGAUCCCAGAUUGCUCCGAGAGGUUCCAGAGCUCCGUGGACCCCCUCGUGGUGCCCAAGGUCCCAGUGCUGGUGCCCCAGAGGAUCCUGAUGAGUUUGUUUGCGAACUACCUGGGGAUGGGGAGGAUGGGAGGUCCCGCAGCGGAGACCGAGGCAGAGGCGCACGGCGAGGGCGUGGCCAACGCGCUGAGCCAGCUCUUCCAGAACGCCGACCUGACGUACGGGCUGCAGCGAGGCGACGUGAUGGGCCUGGGCGACGAGGCGUUCCCACUCGAGCUGAUCCAGGCCAUCUUCCCCGUGAUGGUGCGCGCGACGCUGAAGAACAUACAGGGUCUCUCGGCCCUGGAAGCAGCCAUCUACCACAUCAUCCACUUGGAUCGGGAUCACGACGUCUGCAAGGCCAUGAGGAUCACAGCCAAGUUUUACGUAGACGAGGCCAAUCGCAUUCGCCGAGAGCACGCUCAAGAGAUCCGAGACCAGCAGCCAGUGGAGGACUUGGAGAAGCUGGGCGUGCCGCACCCCCACCUGUGGUUGGCGCUAGUGGGCGGAGUGGUGCAGCAGGGAGAACGCGUAGGAGCCGCCAAUCAUCUCGCCCUGAAGCAGUACCUCGACAACAUCAAAGCAGAUGGAACCAUCACGAACGACAGCCUGUGCAUGCAGAUCCGACACUGCAAGAUAUCGUACACUCACGAUCGCAAGCUGAUGAAGAUACAUCUCGAGGCGCAGGGAUCAGGCGUGCAGACACAGUUGCUCGACUCCUUGAAGCAGCUCGGGGGAAAGCUAAUGAAGGGCACGCCACCUCGCACGCACCAAGAGCGCUUGAUGCAGCUUUUCCUAGACAACGCAGAGACGAUCUAG